AUGAGGCGUCUUGAUUUUGGGAUUACAGGCAUGGUUACAAGCGAUUGGAUUUCAGCAUGUAUAGAAAGAAGCAGGCUAUGGAUACCCCGUGCAAGAGCAAGAGCAAGAGCAAAAGCACACACAAUAAGUAGAUGCAAUAUGGUACAAAGAUACGACUGGACUGGAGGUGAGGCAGGUACGAGAGUCAGGCCAGAAGGAGCUGCGUUUCUUUCAACGUUGAUUCAACCAAAAUGCGUUAAUCCCUGCACGACAUGUGGCAUUUUACGGGCUGUGGCUGGCAACCGAGAAGUGGCUGGCUCCACAGAUGGUGACUCAAGCAGAGCCUGUCAGUACUGCGGAAUACAAUGGGACGGAGUUAAUUCAAAGCUUACGGAGUUGAGUGAUGAUGAAUUAAUGACUACAGGAAAAGCAAGAAUCAUACAUUCCCUAGGAGACAUGUAUACUGUGUUGGAAAAGGUGGCCUCUAGUUUUGAGUGUGGGAAAAGUACUGAGUAG